AUGGCCGGAAUUAGAUUGCCACCGGCGCCGGAGGAUUCUGAAAUCUCACAGACGCGAGCUCCGGUCACCACCGAUCUGAUCUCUGACGACGACCGGUCUGUGGCAGCUGACUCUUGGUCCAUAAAGAGCGACUACGGAAGUACUCUCGACGACGAGCAGCGACAUGCUGAUGCCUCCGAAGCUCUCUCCUCUGCCCCUUACCGUGCGGCGUCUGAUUACAGCUCUGACAAGGAGGAGCCUGAUGCUGAAGCCGUUGCAUCAAUGCUGGGUUUCCAGAGUUAUUGGGAUGCCACUUAUGCAGAUGAAUUGGCAAACUUCCGCGAACAUGGCCAUGCUGGUGAGGUUUGGUUUGGAGCUGAUGUUAUGGAAAUUGUUGCUUCCUGGACCAAAAGCUUAUGCAUUGACAUUUCUCAAGGUCACUUGCCGAACCAUGUUGAUGAUGCCAAUUCUAAGCCUGCUGGGUAUUGCGAAAAAGAUCUGUCUAGUUGGAGUGUGCUUGAUGUUGGCACGGGCAAUGGUUUACUUCUUCAAGAGCUUGUCAACCAAGGGUUUGGAGCUGAUGUUAUGGAAAUUGUUGCUUCCUGGACCAAAAGCUUAUGCAUUGACAUUUCUCAAGGUCACUUGCCGAACCAUGUUGAUGAUGCCAAUUCUAAGCCUGCUGGGUAUUGCGAAAAAGAUCUGUCUAGUUGGAGUGUGCUUGAUGUUGGCACGGGCAAUGGUUUACUUCUUCAAGAGCUUGCCAACCAAGGGUAA